UGCACAAGUUGAUAGACACAAAGCUACAGUCUACACCUGGAGAAGUGAAGCACCACCACAGCAGACUUCACUAUGCGGUUCAACACGCUGUUCUUCCUGCUGAGCCUUUCUUUUCUCUGUCUGGCAUUGGCACAAGUGUCCUAUGAUGACUGCUGUCUGAAGUAUGUGAAAUCAUUCAAAACCACCAUUCAAAAACACGCAGUGAAGUACAAACAUCAGAAGACAGAUGGGGGCUGCAACAUCCCUGCUGUAGUUUUCACCAUGAGGAAGGGACGUCUCCUCUGCACAGACCCAAGAGAGAAAUGGGUCACUGAACUGAUGGAAAGGAUUGACCAGAAGGGAGUCAAGAACCAGUCGCAAAAGAAGGCACAUCACCGACAUUCAAACAGAGGCUGAGGACGACUGCCAGCUACAGUGGCCUCGUUCAUCUUUCUGCCAUUUGCUAUCUAAUAAUAAGCAACAUGUGGUUUUAUUGGUUUUAUGGUGGUCUUUAUGGUCUCUUACUGGAGGCGAGUGAGGAGGUCUGCCGAGAAAUCUUGUAGCAUUACUUUUGCUUUCAUUCUGCAAAGAUAAGGGUCAAAGGCUUGCAAAGAGUUGCGGUAGCACUUUGCUCUUUAGGGGUUGGACUCUUAAAGCUGAGUAACCACAAAACAAAUAAUAUCAUUGCAUGGCUGAAAACAUUUCACUGAAUUCACUGAAAGCAUUUGUGACUGUUUCUUGCCUUUUAAUACAUGAGAUAUUCAGCAAGCAGCUUAAUAAUAUAAAUUCUCAUGGAGUGUAAUUGAUGUACUAUUUAGAGUAGCUAUCUCUAUUGUAAUGUGUCCAGAUGCCUUUAAAACACUGGUUUAUGUGAAAACACAAGUCCUUAUGUAAAUCCCUUUUGAAAUCAGCAUCAUAAAAUAGGAGAAGUCCUGAUUUUUUUUUUUCCCCACUUGUUAAAUGUUGAACUUUUCACAUAUUUUCAUGUACCUUAUGUUUGCACGUUUUAUUGUAAUGUAUGUAUUCAAAUAAACAACUUUUUUUAUCGUGGUCCCAAA